CGCAGUGCCCGGCCGCGCAUUGCGUCUCGCUCACGCGCGCUCUGCUUGUUUUUGUGCUUGUGGAUUUCUCUGCUGAAAUGUGCUUUGCCGCAUUUUUAAACAUGAAUUGAUUUAAAACCCACGAACCACGAUGUACCAAGCUCGUUGGCUGAUGGUGGCUAUAGCAGCCAUCUUGGCGCUGCAGUCGCGGGGAGAAGGAGGCAUCAGAUUACCGGACCAGCCGCCCAUAGAACACACCGAAGGCAGGUCGCUCAACUUCGGUGGGGACCACGGACGAUCGCCGAACGCUCAGGGUCGAGGGCUCCUCGACUGGCUUGGUCUUGGAGAAGACCAGGAUCCAUACAUCCAGCAAGCCACACAGCAGUGUAUCAGCGGCGAUCUGGCCGAUUGUUUCAAAGCUCAGGCUUUGAGGUCUUUCGAUGACUUCUUUGACAAACAAGCUUACCAACUAUCAGACAAUGCCAUACUACGUAAAGUAGAGUCACAAGCGAGAGCCCUUACAAGAGAGCCUCCGCAACUAGACUCGCAGCCAAGAAGCGAAGACUCCGACUGGGACGCGCUCGUCAAAUACGGAAUGAGGAAAAUAGAAAGGUUUUUAAGGUCUACUGCAUUGGAAUUCCAAUUAGACGAUGACGUUACUUCUAACGGCAUAAUAGCUCCUAGACUUCUUGAUGAAAUCGCUGAUGAAGUGGACAUCAUUGAAGAUAAAAGUGCACCACCUUUCCGCCGUCACAAGCUGAAGAAGCUCAUCAUCCCCAUGUUGCUGAUCCUGAAGCUGUUCAAACUGAAAUUGCUGUUGUUCCUGCCGCUCAUCCUUGGACUUGCCAGCUUCAAGAAGUUCUUAGGAUUUAUGGCCCUCAUCGUUCCAGGAGUGAUCGGCUACUUCAAGUUCUGCAAACCUAAUUCCUCGCCGUUCUCACCGAAUCACUACUCUGGCCCUCAAUACAGUCCGGCGGGCAUCGGCCUCGGACCUUACCGGGAACAUCCGCCAGAACAUUACGGUCAUUACAAUAACUACCCUGGCAACCAUGGAUACGGCUCGGGCGGCAUUGCCUUCAGGGAGAACGAAUCACAAGACCUCGCAUACCAAGGAUGGGAGUACAGGAACAAACAGGGCAAAGAUGAUAUCAAAGCAGGAGAAGUUUAAGACUGAGUCAUUAUAUUACUCUAAUAAUAGAAAAGAAGUUUCGAGUCAUCCAAGUGUGAUCACCUCAUAAAGUUAGGCGCUGCGCAGAUGUUGUCAACUUAUCACCGAGAAACACUACAACAAUUUCGGCAACUGUCAGUAUCAUAGUAGCAUGUCUCUGUAACAAUUUAAGAGUGUCUGCAAAACGCCUAGCGCCAUUCAUUCAUUUUUAUUAUCCAAUUAUACAGUAACAUCAACACUCCAUACAAUUAUUUGUGUUGUGUUAUGUUGUGCUUUUUUUAUUUAUUUCGUUGUAUUUUUGUUUUGUUACUAGUUAUAAUGAUUUAUAGAUUUAUUGUUGUAAAUACAAAUUAAUGAGAUAGUAUCUAUCUCUGGAUGUAUGUCUUUGACAUUAAUAUAAGUCCAUAACUUAAUUAACCAUAAGUACGUUAUUAAAUUGUACAUUUAAAAUAAAAUAUUUUGACUUUUGUA